AGAGAGCUGUUGAGAUGUGUUUAUAAACGGCAAGAAAAUCAGUUACGGCUUGAACUUGACCGAGUGAAGAAGUGUGCUGUGAAUUGUGUGAUACAAAUAUAUUUUUUUGCUUCGAUUUCGAAUUGUCCAGUUUUGUUUUCUCGGUUUAAAAAAGUUGUUGCGCAAAAUGUGGUCGAUUAAAUUUGUGUGGUGUUUAUUGUUGGUGUCGGGCACUUUUGCAUUGCCAGCAUCGCCAAAAAACGACACUGACUCCGAUGCAAAACCAGAACCAAUGAUUACAGUUGAUGUGAUUCAAAUGCCAGCCGACGAAAAACCCACCGACAAUUCAAAACCAAGUGAAUCGAUGGCAGUCGAUCCAAAGCCAAUCGAUGUAAAACCAACCGAACAAACAAAACCAAAUGAAUCAUCUGCAUCGGCGCCAGCAUCAAGUGCUUCUGUUUUUGAAUCAAUCCCAUUGAAUGUUGGACCAUCGCGUCCACAACUUUUGUACGAUCAACGACAGGAUGGAAAAUACAACAUUCGAGCUGAUUUGGAAAAUUUUGUCAUUUUGGUUGUACCAUCGACGGGAAAUUCAUUGCUUGAUUUAUUAAAACGGUCUGGUCAACGUCAGCCACAGCAUAAUCAACAUGUGAAACGUGUACAUCAUACAAAACAUCAUAAAAAAUAUCAUCCAUCGUCGGGAAAGCCCCAGGUUGAAGUGAAAAAAGGCGCAAAUCGUUUGGAUUAUUUGAAUCAAGGUGAAGAAGCGGCACCACUUAAUGGUGAAUUUAUCGAAGGACGAACACCAUACCAUGUGGACAUUCAAUCCGAUGAAAUUCUUCAGCCAACGUAUACAGGUGUACGUUCGUUGACCGAUGGUGGUGCUGUAACCAUUGCCGAUUUGCCAUUAGUCAAUUUGGAGGAUAAUUCAGCAUCUGUAUCAUCAGCGGCCGAUGCAUCCGAUGCAACAAUUUUUUUAUCAACUGUAACAGGUAAACAAUCAACUAAUUUAUCGGCGAUGCCAAAUACUGAAUCCUCUCCACAACACCGCUUGCCAAAAUCAAUAAUAAUCGGUGGUCAUGGCAAUCCAUUUAGCAACUUAAAUACCGUCUUACUAACACCAAAAACAUCAAAUGCCAACGAUCAACAGCAACAACAACAACCAAACCCAGAUAAUAUAUUAAUAAAUAAUAAAAACUAUAACAAUUAUUUUAGCCGAAAGCAUAGUGUACAAAUUGUAGAUAGAAAUGGAAAUGUGGGCACGAAUGAACAAUAUAGUAAUUAUGGAAUUGACUCAAUGGCCAAUUUUAUAAAUUCACCAAGUACCGAAUUAUUUGAUUUAACAACUGAUACGAAAAAUUCGUUUAACAGUUUAAAUGUAGGUAAUAUUGAUCGUUUGGCUCUAGCAGGUGAUAGCACAACAAGACUUAAGGAUGCCGACCUGGCCAAUGCACAAUGGGAGCUGACAUUAUUGGGUGCCGAAGAGCAAUGCGGUCCAGAUCGACGACGUGAUAGUUAUGGCGUUUGUCAAUUUGUGCCAGCUGACUAUGCAACAACAUAAUUUAUAUUACUAUUUAAUAACAACAACAACAACAACAAAUAUAUAUAUACAUAUUUAACUAUUAGAAAUCGCGUGUUUUAUCACAAAUUUCUUCAUUUUUAGUGCUUAUAAGAGUUUUAUAUCUCUCUAUAUAUAAAAAUUUUUUCUUUUGUAAUGAAAAGACUAUUUAUUAUUAUCGUUGUCAUGCUGCGUUGAUUUUCAUCAAUCAUGUAUGCCGUAUGUACACACGAUUUAUCUCUCUCGAUUUUAGAGUUUAAAAAAAAAGAUGUAAUUAUAUGCUUGUAAGUUAAGUUGAUAACAAAACACAAAACUAAUUAAAAAAAAAUAUG